AUGGCGUGCGGGAGUGUGGUGGAGGUUGUGGCAGGCGACAUUGCCGAGGAGGAGGUCGAUGUGGUGAUCAACGCGGCUAACUCGCUCUCGUUUACGGCCAUGGACUGCGGCGUAUCGGGCGUCAGCGUGCCAUCGACUCAGGCCGGAGUCCAGCUGGCUGAGGGAGGUCUUGCUGUCCGUGGUGUGCGGUACGUCGUCCAUGCCGUCGGUCCCAUCUGGACAGACUGGCCCGUGGCAAGAGCCACCUUUGCCAAGGUUGUCCCGCGCAUCCGGCGCACCGUCCGUCGUGCUCUAACGGCCGCAGAGCGCGUCGUUGCCGCCCUGGAUUCUGUCCGCUCGCAAAGUGGUCGGGCCGGGCCGGCGGGCGAUGGGGAUCGUCCAGAUACGGUUGAGGAGGAUGUUGGGGUCGAAGUGAGAGAUGAUGGUCUUGCUCCGGGUGGCGAGUCUGUGAUGAUGGCGUCUGUGGCGGUGCCGGCCAUCUCGGGCGGGAUCUUCACCCACUACAGCGCGACGAGCAAGAUCAAGGCUGCAGAACAGAUGGCGGCGCGGACGGCGGUGGUCGAGGCGGUGAUGAGGUGGCUGGCGCGGCGGAGGGAGAAUGGCACUAGUCGGCAUGUGUGGAACAUCCGGCUGGUGGACAUCUGUCCGCGCGGCGUAGCCAUGUUCGCCAAGGCCUUUGAUGUGGCAUUGGCGGCCGAGGGCGAGGCCGACAUCGGCGAGAGCGGGACUGUGCGGGCGGAGGAGUGAGUGGUGCACGACCAGGGCAGCGGACACAGGGCGGCUACAGCUGCGACCAGGAUCACGUGUAUGACCGCGACUAUGAUCACCACCACAAUGACCAUCACAAUGACCAUCACCAUCACAAUGACCAUCACCAUCACCAUCACAAUGACCAUCA